CCCCACAUCCACUUUGAUCUCCGGUUCUCUCGCUCAUAAGGGAAACAUGCGAAUAAAUAUAAUCAUGCAGUGUGUUUUGAUUAGAGGCCAUUGAAGAAUGUUUAUUUCAUGAACAUCCAAGAAUUUCGGGAAGGAAGUGUUGGAGAUUCAGUGUAUUUUGAAAGUCAGUGAACGAAAAAUCUUUAAUAUGAGUUCCAUAAAGACAGGAAACAAAAAAGAUCAUCAGAAGAUGCGCAUACGCGCAUUUCCGAUGACUAUGGAUGAGCGGUAUGUGGAGAGCAUCUGGCAGCUGCUUAAAAAUGCAAUCCAGGAGAUCCAAAAGAAAAACAAUAGUGGCCUCAGCUUUGAGGAGUUGUACCGAAAUGCAUACACCAUGGUUUUACACAAGCAUGGAGAGAGACUAUACUCAGGCCUCAGGGAUGUUGUCACGCAACAUUUGGAAAAUAAGGUACGAACAGAUGUACUGGCCUCCUUACAAAACAACUUUCUCCAAACCUUAAACCAUGCAUGGAAUGAUCAUCAGACUUCUAUGGUGAUGAUCAGGGACAUCUUAAUGUACAUGGACCGAGUGUAUGUUCAGCAAAAUAAUGUCGAUAAUGUCUACAACUUAGGGCUAAUAAUUUUUAGAGACCAGGUUGUGCGAUACGGAUGUAUAAGAGAUCAUCUACGAGAAACACUACUUGAUAUGGUUAUGAGGGAGCGCAGAGGUGAAGUAGUAGACAGACUAGCUAUUAAAAAUGCAGCUCAAAUGCUCAUAGUAUUAGGCAUUGAGUCUCGGGCUGUUUAUGAAGAAGAUUUUGAAAGACCCUUCCUUGCUCAGUCAGCUGAGUUUUAUAGGAUGGAGAGUCAAAAGUUCUUGGCAGAAAACAGUGCGUCAGUAUAUAUCAAGAGAGUAGAAGCUCGGAUAAUGGAGGAGGCAGAGCGAGCUAAGCAUUACCUCGAUGAGUCGACCGAGAGGCGCAUUGUUGAGGUUGUAGAAGAGGAGCUAAUUAAGAAACAUAUGAAGACCAUUGUGGAGAUGGAGAAUUCUGGAGUUGUACAUAUGCUCAAGAAUAACAAAACUGAAGAUUUGGCAUGCAUGUAUAAACUUAUGUCACGCGUGUCAGAUGGUUUGCGAGCAGUAGCCGAAUGUGUAUCUCAACAUCUUAGAGAACAGGGCAAAGCUCUGGUAGCAGAAGAAGAAGGUGGCAAGAAUGCUAUCACAUUUGUACAGAAUUUGUUGGACCUUAAGGACCGAUUCGACCAUUUCCUCCACAACUCCUUCAAUAAUGAUAAAAUAUUCAAACAAAUGAUUGCAGCUGACUUUGAAUACUUCCUCAAUCUAAACAAUAAGUCACCAGAGUACCUGUCAUUGUUUAUUGAUGACAAACUCAAGAAAGGAGUUAAAGGAAUGACUGAAGCAGAAAUUGAGGUAGUAUUAGAUAAGACGAUGGUGCUGUUCCGUUUCCUACAAGAGAAAGACGUGUUUGAGCGCUAUUAUAAGCAGCACUUGGCAAAACGUCUUCUCCUUCAAAAAUCUGUUUCGGAGGACUCAGAGAAAACUAUGAUCUCCAAGCUGAAAACAGAGUGUGGAUGUCAGUUCACUUCAAAGCUGGAGGGCAUGUUUAAGGAUGUGACUAUUUCCAAUACCAUUAAUGAGGAAUUUAAACAACGAGUCAGCAGUGCUGGGACAAAUUUAUGUGGAGUUGACAUCUAUGUACGAGUAUUAACAACUGGGUACUGGCCCACACAGUCAGCUAAUCUGAAAGCCAAUGUUCCCAUGGCUCCUAGAAGUGCCUUUGAGGCCUUUCGGAGAUUCUACCUCAACAAGCACAGUGGCAGACAGCUGACUCUUCAACCACAGUUGGGGUUAGUCUUACUCAGCAAUCAGUUUAUCAGUCAUCUGCUUUUAUUACUAAUUGUUAUCUCUUCCUUUAAUGGUGAACAUGGAAUCAUAAUCGGCUUUUUUUCUCUUUCACAGGAGAUACAAAAUGAAACAGACAUCCCUGACAGAGACCUUGUUAGAGCGUUACAGUCUCUAGCGCUUGGCAAGCCAGCCCAAAGAGUUUUGCUCAAGACUCCUAAAACUAAAGAGAUGGAGUCCUCUCAUGAGUUUACUGUUAAUGAUUCUUUCACAUCCAAAUUGUACAGAGUUAAGAUUCAAGCUGUGGCGGCUAAGGGUGAGAGUGAACCAGAGAGGAAAGAGACCCGAAGUAAAGUUGAUGAAGAUCGAAAACAUGAAAUUGAGGCUGCUAUUGUCAGGAUCAUGAAGGCCCGCCGGCGAAUGACACAUAAUAACUUGGUGGCUGAAGUAACAGAUCAGCUCAAGUCCCGCUUCUUACCGUCCCCAAUACUUAUCAAGAAAAGAAUUGAAAGCCUCAUUGAGCGAGAAUAUUUGGCCCGCACUCCAGAAGAUAGGAAAAUCUACUCAUAUGUGGCAUGAAGAGUAGGUUAUAUACUGGAGCAUAGCCAAGGCUGUGAAACCUUCCUUUAUAAGAGAUACAGAUGUGCGGCCAUGAAGGGUGAGGGAAAAGGAUCACAUGAGCCUAAGGAUCAUCCAGUCCACAUCCGCUCUCCUUAUUCCCAUGCUCUCUCUGCAGAUGCUCUUUUCACCCUCAUAUUGCUGGGAACGGCAAACGUGCAACUGUAGCUUCUGACCGUUGCCACGAGCGCUGAGAUUAACCUGGAAUAAGAAACAAUCAGUUUGCUGGGUACUCCAUUCGGCAGGUUACUAUUAACUGCUGCUUCUAGCUAUUGUUACCAGUGGAAACGAUUGAAACUUUUAAUAGUGAUUGGAUCCAUACAACAAAAAAACAAACAAAAAACAAUGUGAUAUUCAUGGUUAAAUAAGAGUGUCACUGGGAUAUCUCUAUUUAAUGAAAUUGGAUGCUUGACGAGGCAGCUUGCUAGCAUUCAGAAGUACUGUACUUUGUUAACCUGGAGACAAUGAAUGCCCAAAAAACUUGGAAAUGGACAAAAAUAAUUUAAGAGUGAUGACCUGCUUAUCUGCUUGGUCCCGGCGCAGUCAGACUUGCCUGUGUGGUCGAUGCUGAGCUAUUCCCACAAUUUAUAAAUGAUGAAAUUGUGUUAUCCUCUUAACUUUCAUUCUCUUUUAUUUCACUUAAGUAAAUUCUGGAUGGAGAGUACUUCUGUUGCUCAUUUGUAUUUUAAAAAUUAUUUCUUGCAGGCAGAGGUAUUAAUUCAUAGGUGGUAGUCAAGUAAUGCAUUUGUGAUAGCCAUCCUUGUCAGUAUUAUAUUCAAACUUAAAACUAAACUAAACUAAAUUUUGACUUAGUGAAAAAUGAUACAUUGAAUUUUGAACCUAACUAACAUUCAACAGUUUAGAGAUAUCCAUCGACAGGCUUGGUGAUAGUCGAGUUUUUUAUGAAUCAUUAUGUGAAUGAAGGUGUUAGCUGUCAAACUAAUUCAGUUAUGAAAAUUCUCUUGCAGGACUGAGUUGACUAGCAUUACACCAUGAGGACUUAAUGGCAUUUUUACCUGUGUGUGUGUGUAUGCAUGUGUGUGUGUGUACUGGUAUGUAUGUAUGUAUGUGAAAUGCUGUUUUGUCUUCUAAUUUCAUUAGUAUAAAAAUAUAACAUUUCUGUUCAUAAUGUGCUAUUGGGCAUCAAAAGAUACUUGAUAUUUCAAGUUUUUAAUAAUUUUUUUUUUUUUUACUGUUUAGGCUAUCUUUAGACUUGAGUUGUAAGGAUUUAAUAAUUAAACCUCAUAUUGGGGAUGAAAUCAAGGAAAUAACAAGCACCUUGAGAGAAUUUGCCACCUAUGUAUUAAUGAGCCUAAGUGCCAUUUAUAAGCAGUUUCUUCAAAGAUGCCAGACAUUAAAAUCCAGCCAAUAAACUAGAUACUUUCUGAAAAAACUUAUGGUGAUCUAGAGUUUAGAUGCCUUUAAUCUCUGCAUCUUAAUAUACAAGAAUAAUUUAACAUAAACACCUACAAGAUGGGUGUCUCUUGGUGUAAAACAAAUUGAAUGUCCAGUGGAGAAAGGCUUAGGCUAGAUUAUAUUCUCAAUUUAGGUACCUUUUGUAAAUCCAAGGAUUUAUUUCUGGAAAUGUAAUUAUUGAUGGCAUUUAAACACAAUCUUGAGGCUUGGAGGGGGAGGGGGGUGAAUGUAUACAAAAUAAAGUUGUGAAGUGGGAUUGAGGUGUCAACAAAUCCAUCUGCCUGCCAUCUUUCAUCUUCAUAUUCUUUCCAUGCUCUCUUCCAUUAAUGGUAUUCUACUUUGUUUUCUGGUCUCUCUCUUCCUCAGACUCCUUUGUACACUCACUACCAUUGGACAUAUAAACAGGUUUCAAAAGUUAUGUAUUUAUUCCAUUAAAUGAAUGUCUAAGAG